AUAUAUGGAACCAAUCAAAUAUUUAUAAAAUAUAAACCUCAUUUCUUUCUUCUUUUUUUAUUAUUAUUAUUAUUUUUUCCCUUUCUCUCUUUCUUUUUUCUCCGCUUGUCAAAAAAAAAUAUAUUUAUUUAUUUAUUGUCUCCAUCUUCAACUUCAUCAUCAUCUUUUUAUAUUUCUUCAUUUAAUAAUGUCAAUACUUGAAUCUACUACUUCUACUUUUGUUAAUAACGAUAAAAGGUUACGACGCACUUUUAGCCCUGUCAUAUUAUUUCAUGAUCAUCAGUUUAUAAAUACUGGAUCAGGUGAUCUUCAGCACGUUCAUAUAUCAUGUGGUAAUGACCCAGCUUAUCUUGAAGAACAUAAAAAGAGAAUACAUACUAUGUUACAAGCAAAUGGAAGAUAUUGGUUAGAUAUCAUUACUUGGUCUAGAGACCAUGUAUCAUUAGAUCAUUCUUCCCCUGUUCCUUCACUUAUAUCCUCUCCAAGUCCUCCUCAUUAUUUAUUACCUAAGCCAAUUCAUUAUCCAUCUCCUAAAGAAGAAGAUGAAUCAGAUAAAAAGGUAACCACAGUAACAAAUACAAAUAAACGCCGACGUGGGAAUCUGCCAAAAGCUGUGACAGCUAUCCUUCGUGAUUGGCUAUCCAAACAUAAAAAGCACCCGUAUCCAACCGAAGAGGAAAAGGCUGCAUUAGCGGCUGAAACAAAUCUAAACUUGAAUCAAAUCAGUAAUUGGUUUAUAAAUGCAAGAAGACGAAUUUUACAAUCCAUGCUUGAGCAAGAGCAAGAAGAAGAAAAUAAAAACAAAAAAAACGAAUUAGAUAUUAUUAUGCCUUAUCAUAACAAUUUAGGUAAAAAUAGAGAUAGUAGUGAGUUUUGUUUUUGUUUUGUAUUAAAAUGAACUAUUUUAUUAAAGUAGUAGUUGUAAAUGAUAAUGAGAAUCGAAGGCUUAGAAAGAGGUCAGUUACAGAAAUUCUAUCACCUACUAAAUAUCCACCACAAAAAAGAAUGACAUCACAAAGAAGAAGUUAAAAAGAUUUAAGCCAACAACUUGUAUUUAUAUUAUUUAUUUAUUAUGUAUUAUUAUUAUUAUUAUUAUUAUUAUUUUGCCUGGUGCAUUGAUAUUAUUCCUAUUUCUAUCCUACUACUUUAAU